AUGGCUGAUAGACAUAGUGUCAGAAAUGUAAAAAGUAUUACUGUCAGUGGUGUAGUUGGCAAUGCCGAGUUCAAGAAUUGCUAUAAUGGAUCUGAUAUUGUCACUAUCCACGAUGAAGAGAAGACCUUACAUCGAUUAGCUGCACGAGCUCAAAUUAAUGAAUGGCAGAUUGAUAAUGAAGAAGAUGUAGCUGAAGACAUGAUUACUUUAAGUUUGGCAACCGGAGUAGUAUGCAGAAGGACAGCUUUAGUUGGUGUAGAUCAAGAUAUGAAACCUGUUGGACAUAAUUCAGAGAUACAUCCAUCAGAAAUUCCACAAGGGCAGUUCUAUGCAAAACGGGCACGAAGGCAUGCACAACCACAAGCUUUGGGUUCUACAGUUUCUAGUCUAUUUGGCUCAAUGAUAAAAGCGGUGUCUCCUCAUAGUGGUGAAUUUCUUUCUAGCUCGUCCUCAAGGGUAAUUUUCCUUUGAACACUCAAAGUUGGUGUUCAUAUAUGUGUAAUAUAUAUAUAAAUGCUCAAGAUCUAUUCAAUAUCUCAAGUGUUUGUAGUUAACUGUAACUGUAGCAUAUCUAGAAACAAUCCCUAGGAAUAUACUCCAGUAUUUUCUCGAUAUAACAGCCAAAUGUUGCUUUCAUGUACUAGUCACUGACCAUUCAUAACACCAAAUUUAUUGAGUUCAGUCCUUUCUUUAUUUUUACUUUUAUUUUCUGUGAGG